AUGUUGUCAAGAUUGGAGAACUUGGAGAUAUUAGAUCUUAGUUACAAUGCCAUCAACGACAUUAGUUUUCUUCAAUCAAUUGCUACAGUCAAAUCCCUUAAGAAUCUCAAUCUUGCUUACAAUGACUUGACGGGAUUGUUCCCAACUAGAGGUUGGAAAAUGUUGUCAAGAUUGGAGAAUUUGGAGAUAUUAGAUCUUUCUCACAAUGACCUUAACGAUGCUAGUUUUCUUCAAUCAAUUGCUGCAGUCAAAUCCCUUAAGAUUCUCAAUCUUGAAUACAGUUAUGAGUUGAAUGGAUCCUUUCCAACCAAAGAACUAGCAAAUUUAAGCAACUUGGAGGUUCUUAUCUUGCGAUUUAACCAAUUUGGUGGACAACUAGCAAUCCAAGAAUUUUGUGCGUUGAAGAAGCUUGAAGUGCUAGAUCUUGCUUACAAUUACUUUGAGGGGAUUCUUCCUCCAUGCAUAAACAAUAUGAAAUCUCUUGUGGUUUUAGAUAUUACUGCUAACCAAUUCAAUGGAAAUGCUUCCUCAACAUAUUUGGAAGCUAGCCGAACAAGUCUUGAGUACAUUAAUUUUAGUUAUAACCAAUUUGUGGGCGUAUUCUCAUUCAACUUAUUUGCCAAUUACUCUGAGCUUGAGGUUCUUAGAUUCAACGACAACAAGAAUAAAGUUGAAAUAGAAACGGAAGGUUCCAUGGGUUGGUCCCCUUUGUUUCAGCUGAAGACCAUUGAAUUGUCCAAGUGUAGUCUGAACAAGCUCACCAGCAGUAUUCCAAAAUUCCUUCUUGUUCAACAUGAAUUGGAUAUAGUUAAUCUUUCUCACAAUAAGUUGAAAGGAAGCUUCCCGAAUUGGUUGAUUGAAAACAAUACAAGAUUACAUAUACUACAUCUUCGAAAUAACUCUUUCGUGGGUCAGUUAUAUUUACCAAGAUUGAUCCACUCGCAUAUUACUUGGAUGGAUGUCUCGACCAAUCACUUGAAUGGAAAACUUCAAGAAAACAUUGGCAAGAUUUUUCCAAACUUAUCAUAUCUAAAUCUUUCUAAUAAUAAUCUUGAAGGUAAUCUUCCUUCCUCAAUUAGUGGCAUGCUUUACUUGGAUGUAUUAGAUCUUUUUUUCAAUAAUUUCUCAGGUGGGGUCCCAAGAGGAUUAACUACAGAUUGCUUGUCAUUGAGAGUUUUGAAUCUUGCUCAUAACAACUUCAACGGUGCAAUUUUCGUUGGGACAUACCAGGAAAUUCUGCAGAUGAAUGGUAAUCAAUUCAAAAGUAUCACACCAGUACUUAAUUCAACUGGUUCCCUAUCGUAUUUAGAUAUUGGCAACAAUGAAAUUUCAGAUACUAUCCCUCGAUGGCUUGGGAACACGUCAUACUUGAAGACUCUUGUUAUGGCUAAAAAUGAAUUUUAUGGUCAGAUCCCAUGUGAACUAAGUAUGACAAGUACUUUAGACCUUUCUCAUAACUUAUUUACGGGACCAUUACCUUUCUAUCUAAAUCUACCAAAACUUGAACACCUAUAUUUGCAAGGGAACAAAUUCACAGGAUCAUUACCGAAAGUUCUUUUCAAUUCCUCAUCUCUUUUGACAUUGGACAUUGGAGAUAACAACUUUACGGGCAGCAUCUCUGUUGAAAUCAAACAACUUCAAGGCUUAAAAGUACUUUUGUUGAGUGGAAAUCGUUUCAAUGGUAUAAUUCCGAAUCAGUUAUGUUUGUUAAGAAUGAUAAGCAUAAUGGAUCUUUCCAAGAAUGCUUUUUUUGGGACCAUACCACAAUGCCUCCACAAGAUAUAUUUUGGGGAGAUAGCGGCAACUAAUGUAAGCUACUCUCAUAGAGACGUUAUUGGUACCAGUUAUCUUACGGUACCUUACACAUAUAAAGGUUUCUCGGAAGAGGUUGUUGACUUUUACUCCGGUUCUGAAUUUGCUAGUGCUGAAAUAGAGAUCGAGUUUGUAACCAAAUAUAGGCAAAGUUCUUAUAAAGGUUCUAUUCUUGGUUACAUGUUUGGAUUGGAUCUCUCUUGCAACAACCUAACAGGUGGCAUCCCACCUGUGUUAGGCCAAAUUCCAAUAACAUUCUCGAACUUGGCUCUCUUGGAAAGUUUAGACCUCUCUCACAAUAGUUUAAGUGGAGAAAUUCCUUCAGCAUUAAUUGAUCUAACCUUUCUCGAGAUAUUCAAUGUGGCCAACAACAACCUAUCAGGUAAAGUUCCAGAUAUGAAAGCACAAUUUGGAACAUUUGAGAAAAGCAGCUAUGAAGGAAAUGUAUUUCUUUGUGGACCACCACUAGAUAAAAGUUGCAGCAAAGGAAACAAGUCAAAUCCAACGCCAACCCAAUCUUCAAAUGCAAGUGAUAGUAAAUGGUAUGAAAUAGAUCCUUUGGUCUUCCAUACAAGCUUCUCGAAAUGGAAAUCUAUGUGGUUGAUUGAUUUGGGUCUUUUGGUUACUCCAUUGGAGUUGAAUCCGUGUGCUAAGUGGUUCACCAUGAUGGUUGUCGAACUCUAA